UUUCAGAAAUUAAAUUUAAUAACAUAGUCAAAUGCGGUAUGGCAACUGAUGAUGAGGUUAUUUCUGAGCAAUCUCAAGUUCAUCUUUCUAAUGGUACCAUCAUAUCCACUGAUAAAAACGGUACCAUCGCAUCUAUUAAUGGUACCACUGCAUCCAGCGAUAAAAACAUGAAUGAUUCAUUGGAAAAAGCUGCAUUUGGCCGGAAACAUCUGAGACGACGAUCAUCCUUGUUCUUCAAAAAUACAGAAGUGAAUGGUGUUAUUCCUGACGGUAUAUCAAAUCUUGGUUAUCUUAAUAGCAGCAACGAGAAAACGCUUGAGGAAGAAGUAGACACUUUGAAAAACAAUCGACGUUCGUCAAUGCGCUUACAGAAAUCUGUUUACAGAACGAGGUCAAAGGCUGCAAUAAGAAAGUUUGAGGUAAUUUGUGAACCUCCACCGGGAUCAUUGAAGCCUAUCCUGUCAAGUGCUGCUCAGAAAGCAGUUCAGCGUAUAACAAUGAAAGCAAAGGGAUGGAAUAAACAUAAACGCGUACAUUUCCAUUCUAUCCCGAAUAUCCAUGAAAUCACUCCGCGUUCUGGAAAGAUACCUGGAAUUGUGAAAAUGCCAGACUCACCACUGACUGGAAAGGAAUUUACCGUUUCCGCAAGUGCCAACGAUAGUAUGGAACGUGACCUGUUCACUACCCAGCCUAUUAUCUUGCACGACACCACCACCAACACUUUCCGAAAUGAGCCAGUCAGGUUUUUGCCUGCCAUAUCCGAAACUUUUCAACGUCAUUCAGAAGAGGAAAAAGUUGUUGAAGAAUGUUUGGAAACGAAGAAUGAUGAAAGCAAUGGUGGCGCAGUUGACUUCAUUGCUAAUGAUGACCAUGCGUCACAAUCGGAACAAAGGGAAGGUGGUAAUUAUAUGAAUGCGAAAAGAGCUGUUGGUCAUUCUGAGGUAUCGAAUCAAUCGGGAGGAAAUGCCGCAAUGAAAAGAACCAAACGACAGGAGGAAACAACAGUCACAUGGGUGCGCGGAGAUCGGUUGCGGAACCUUUCAAUAGGGACGAAAGAGGACAUAAAUCAAAAUAAAGAAAAUAUGAAUUUAAAUUUAUCAAACGAUAAGCGAACUAAUGAUGUGCAACAGUGCAAUAAAGCAUCUUCUGGUCUACAAAAUUUACGCUCGUCUUUAUUAUUUGUCCCUCAUGCAGGACCAAAAGCAAAGGUUGAGAAAUGGCUGCAAGGUCUACCGAACCAGUGUGAUCAUCUAGUUGAUAAAGAAGGUGCACUCAUGUGGGAUCAACAGGAAGAGAUCGCUGGCGAUAGUGUUGUGCAACCCGAUAAUAUAUUGGCAGAAAAACAGUCAUCGCGUAGAUCAAGCUUUGAAGAAUUACCAAAGAAACAGGAGAAAGGAAAUGAAUAUCGUCGGAGGUCUUUAUUGUUGCAGAAAGCGGUUAGCGAAUUGCCAGCUUCGAAUCGUCGUCAGACGAUCAUUGUAGGAAAAGUGAAAGGAAAUUUAUGUGAUGAAAGUCCCUACCCGAACUCCAUGUGUAUAGAAAAUUCUGAUCGAUACCGAUGCUCUGCUUCAGCAAUAUGCAGUGAAAUUCAACAAAAUAUUGGUGAGAUGGAUAAUGACGUAAUACUUCUUGACGAACAAGGAUUGAACGGUACACCUGGGAAUUCGCUGACUUUCUACAAGAAAAAAGUUCAUGGUAGAAGUACUGGGCAAAUGACAACCAAUAAAACAGCCGUGAAUAGUUCUUCAAUUUAUAAUGGCCAGCUUAUCAAUAGAGAAAUGAGCAACAUCCUAAAGCGUGAAAAAAAGACAGUUUUGAUAGAUGAAAUGGAUUUUGCGCCUUUUCCAACCAUUUCGAACAUUGGAUAUGCUGAGAUUGCAUCCGUGAACUAUGAUUUGCCUUGUGAAAUUCGUCAGCACCAGGUUCCGAAGACGGUUUCAGACAAUAACAAUACGUUCCAAGUGUUAUUCCGGAGAAAAAGCUGUAGUGAAGACAAAGAAUCACAGAAGGUUGCAGUCGCUGAUUCACGCAUUUUGUUGAGAUCCAGAAGUGCAAGAAAGAAAUGGCCGAAAAACGGAAGGUGGAAAUCGCUUACUGAAGAAUUGCAGUGGAACACUUGGAGUGAGGUAUUGAGGCCAGUGGAGACUAAUGAAUUAAUUAUUGACGGUCCUACUGUUCAUAAACUGUGUAACUGGAUUAGUAUGUGGAAGGAACGAUUGCAAAAAAGCAAGAAUCGUAAGAGAAAAGUAAAAGUAGGCAGCCGACGGAAGAAGCGUGAUUCGGAUUCCUUCGAUUCGUUUGAUUCCGAUGAAGAAGCAGAGCAAUUAUGCAAUACUGCUAUUAUAUAUGGUCACUGUGGUAGUGGCAAAACAUCACUAGUUUAUGCAGUUUCGAAGCGUUAUGAAAUGCAUGUCUUAGAAAUUGCUUCUAAUGAAAAAAGAAAUGGUUUACAACUGAAGUGUAAGUUGCAAGGAGCUACACAUUCUCACAAGUUUUCAAUGACCAGAAUGGUAAACCAGAUGUUUUUUCAAAAUGGAAAGGAUGAAGAAAAGAUGGUUGAGGACUCCAUUAUCUUGGUAGACGAUUGUGAUGUAAUCUAUGACAAGUACGAUGACGGAUUCUGGCCGGCAUUAAGAGCUCUGUGCAAGGAAGCUCGUAUUCCAGUUAUUAUUAUUUGUGAAGAUAUUUCUCUUGUUCGCAAACAGUUAGGACUUGAAGUACCCGUUCUUAUAUUUCCUUUAAUUAGACCAGAGAUGCAAACCGUUUCUUCGCAUCUUCAGGAACUCUGUGCUGCUUUAAAUCUCAGUAUAUGUUCUGAUGUCUGCUCUGCUCUGGCUGAGCAAUAUAACGGUGAUUUGCGGGCAUGUAUCAAUCAGCUUCAAUUUUAUGCUGGUGAAGACAGCAAUAGUUCUUUAAGAAUGUUGAUGAAACGAUUAAAGAAUGGAGAGCAAAUAGAAUUUGAAACAUUGCCCAAAAAGUGCCAUCGCAUUUCGUACAAUGUCAUAUUACGCUACGAUCAUUCGUACGAACCAGGAGCGGUUCUUUCAUCGAUGGAUCGGGAGGAGGAGGAUUUGCACACUGUGGAGAAGAAUGACAUGCACGUUGCAGUGAAAGUUACUCGUUCUGUGCUACCUGCAAUUGAGUAUUUCCCUUUGUCCGAUGUGAUACUUGAUUAUAUACCAUAUUUAUGCAUUAUGAACAAAGCAUCUCGUACCAAAAUGCCUGCCUCUCGUCGUGCUCAACAUUAUUUUGAUGAAUUACACGGUAACUCACAAAUAGAUUCCAGUGGUGCUCUCAAAAAUACUUUAACUGAAUAUUGUCUACUAAAUUAUUGAUCUCUUUUGCGAACGUUCUCAUUUCCUGUUCUAGAAUUGUGAAAAGGAAUUUUUUCAAUUUCAUAAUAUGAAAAUGUGCUGUUUCUGGAACUCUAUGUAGGCAUUUUAAUGAUCAUAUCUGAACUCGUUAUUUAUUUGCACAUUUGAUCCCUUCUUAUUGAUUGUAUUUCCGAUUUUCUUCAGUUUUAUGUAAGUG